UACCUCUCUUCUUCUGGCGCACAUUCUUUUUCAGACAGCCAGAAACAAGACAGCCGAAAAAGGUCAAUUAGAUAGCCCCCAACCACCCCCAUCCCCCACUCCCAUCACAAAUUUCACCCACCGACCCCGCUAUCGCUCUCAUUAUCAUCCCUACAUUUCAUUUUUCAAUUUGCUCAAUUCAUUGGAUUUUCUCAUCUCUCCAUUUUUCUGAAGCACUGUUGAUUCGCCGCGUUGACUUUUCAUUGUUCUUCAUUUUUAGGGUUUCUUGAUUGGCAUUGAUCCUCAAUUUUAUUGUAUUAGAUUAUUCCACGGCGUUUCCAUAUCGAAGGAUUAGGGCGAUGCGCAUGGAAGCGUCCGGUGGAAAUUCGGACGCACAAAGCGGUGGUAUUUCUACAUCCGGUGGCAACAAUAUUGGUAAUUCAAGAAGGCAUGGAGUACAAUUAUCUGCUGCUAAUUUAUUGCGUUCCCCGUUAUCGACGUUAUUGGAAUAUUCCGGGAUUCUAAGGACAAGAUCAAGUCAUUCAGAAUCGGAUACUUUGAUACACAGUGGAGUUCGUGAUCAAUUUCAGCCCCGGCUGGAUGAUGCUGGGGCAGCACCGGCUUUGGCGGGUGGUUCUGGGGAGGUUUCAAUUAGGAUUAUUGGUACUGGUGAUCAGGAGCAUGAUAGAGUUGGGACUGUGUUGCCAACACCAGGUGUUGGAACUUUGAGGGAAGCGGAUGGGCAAAAUGAAGUUUUCGGGAGGCCAAUUUCAAGGUCGGGGUCUGCAGCUUCAGUUGGAGCAUUGGAGAGUCAAUUGGGUGAUAGAGGGGCGGGAGAUGGGCAGGUGAAUGGGAACACGGAUUUGGGGUCUGCAGAUGGUGCGAGUGUUAAUAAUAGGGAGUCUUCUUAUCAAAGAUAUGAUAUACAGCAAGCUGCCCGGUGGAUUGAGCAAAUUAUUCCGUUCUCUUUGCUUUUGUUGAUUGUUUUCAUCCGGCAGCAUUUGCAAGGUUUUUUUGUUACAAUUUUGAUCGCUGCUGUCAUGUUCAAGUCAAAUGAUAUCGUGAAGAAGCAGACUGCACUUAAGGGUGAGAGGAAGAUCUCUGUUCUAAUCGGCAUAUGUCUUCUGUUCAGCGGUUAUGUAAUUGGGUUUUAUUGGUGGUACCGAAAUGAUGAUCUUUUGUCUCCGUUGUUGAUGCUUCCACCAAAGGACAUACCUCCGUUUUGGCACGCCAUCUUCAUGAUCAUGGUCAACGAUACUUUGGUCCGCCAGGCGGCAAUGGUCUUCAAAUGUCUUCUGCUGAUGUAUUACAAGAAUAGCAGAGGCCGCAAUUAUCGUAAGCAGGGUCAACUUUUAACUUUGGUGGAAUAUCUUCUACUGCUAUAUCGUGCUUUGCUCCCAGCUCCAGUUUGGUAUCGUUUCUUUUUGAACAAGGAGUAUGGAAGCCUCUUUUCAUCCUUAAUGACUGGGCUGUAUCUAACUUUCAAGCUCACUUCUGUUGUUGAGAAGGUCCAAUCCUUCUUCACAGCUUUGAAGGCGCUGUCACGUAAGGAGAUUCAUUAUGGAGUAUAUGCGACUUCUGAACAGGUCAAUGCUGCUGGGGAUCUCUGUGCUAUUUGCCAGGAGAAGAUGCAUACACCAAUCUUACUACGUUGUAAACAUAUAUUCUGUGAAGACUGUGUAUCUGAAUGGUUCGAGAGGGAAAGGACAUGCCCUCUGUGCAGGUCUUUAGUAAAACCUGCCGAUCUAAAAUCAUUUGGUGACGGUUCAACUAGUCUCUUUUUCCAGUUAUUCUGAAGGAAUAGUUGUCGAUGAGAGGGAGUCUCUUUAAAGCUGCCAACUUCAUUAAGAACAGCAAUAGCGGAACACCCAUCCACGGAAAGCAUAUCGACGCCUAGUUCAGAAUCCUGAUCUGUUCCCUCCUGAAAGUACUAUUGGCUCAACAGUCUCUGAGGCCAUUGUUUAUACACAGUUCCUUACAAGGAGCGAGCUAUUGUUCAUAUGUUUGUGAGGAGAAAAUGUCUGUAUCAGUCCGUUAAUCAAUAGAAUUGCCAAGUGUACAAUGUAUUAAAUUAGUGUAGUACUUAGAUAUAUGUUUUUAUCCCCAUGGCCAGUUAUUUUUCAUCCCCUAAACGAACCUAUCCAAAAAAAAUGUUUAUUGGUUCCAA